UGAAGCCUCUCGAAUGCAGUUGCCGAACGUGAGUCGUCGCGUCAACACCGCAAUUUCCGAACCGGUUGCGAAGAUUGGUGAAUCAGGAGAACACUAGUGGGAGCUAAAACUGUGAAUCAGACUGCACUGUAGAUACCGCGUGUGGUGGUUUUAUUAUAAAAUUAUUAUCAAUUUGGACUGCAAAUUAAUUGUAUUAUUAUUCAAUUAUAAAUGGUGGGAUAAUUUCAGCCGAAAUGAUACGAAUUUAUUAGUAAUAAACAUUUUUUGCCUGUGAUGGAUGUUAUAGAGCUCGGUGGUGAAUAGUUCUCAGUGUGUGAAAAAUCGCCGCGUGCGUAAGGAAAGCAGUCUAUUUCCUACAAGGCGGGACACUUUCGCGACGUGCCACGGUAAAUUAUAGGACGUACGUGUAUUGAAAAUUUGGUUCGCUCGAACGCAGUACAAGAGAAGUACGACCAAACGUGCAUAGUUCAUCAGUUUUAACAAUGCAGCUCAAGCGACCCCGUGGGACGAGAAUGGGAGACAGUGGGUGGCCUUAAUACUCUGUGCAGCGUUCGGAGAUGAAAUUCACAUUGGCGGUCGGUUUUUUUUGUUGAAGUGGUGAUGGCUAAGCCCUAUCCGGGAGUGCAGUUUUGAUGUGUGAGAAUUUCGAUAAGGACGAGUAUUGUUUGUGGAUGAACGGCCAGGGCGGCUGUCGGUGGGCAACCAGGGGUGGGCUUAGACGAGGCGUAUAACAAUGUAUUGUUUGGUGAUAAAUGAACAUAUUUGAGUGAGUAAUUGGGUUCCAGUUUUAUAUGUAAGCCUCGGGGAAUAGAGCAAUCAAGCGAGUUAUGAAAUUAGGUGAGUUUGAAUGGUGUGAAUAGCGACAGCAACUCAUCAAAAUGGGAUGAAAAGACCAGCAAUAAUGAAACCUAGAUCGCACUGGCCAACGCUAACCGGAGCGUACACGAGUGGUCCCUUACGGUUUCCGUGAGCCGAGAAAAUUGUUUUCACCCGGUGACCUAUUUUUCCACACUCACCGUGAAACUCACGAUUAAUCAUUACGAGGAAGGACCCCAUCAACGAAGUCAUCUUUUUGUUUCCUUCUUUUUUCUUCAGCUAGAACCAUUUAAACCAGUGAGUGAACAGAAAAAGUAUACAGUAUUUUCGCUCGUUUGAGGAGAAAAUUAAUGACAGGUUAAAACACUUCCGUUUCGAUGCUGUCAGUGAGGUUCGAAGUUAGAGGAAAUUUAGCAGUGUUCGGAAGAGGCUAAGAAAGAUUUCGGGGCAAUAUUCGGACGCUUUAAAAACAGUGAAUAAUUGUUUGAAAAUAGCUUGGACUGUGUUCUAGAGUUUUUCAGCAGUUAAAAAAUACCACUGUGAAACAGUUUGAAUAUUCUUUGUGUUGAAGCAGAAGGAAAAGUACAAAUUUUCAGUGUUGUUCUGGUGCUACAAUGUUUGGUUCCAAACUGCGAUCAUGGAUGGAGAAUCAUAUCGUUCGCCCAAGGAAAAAAGGAAAUAAAAACAAAAGUGGAAAUAGCAGCAGCAGCAACUUUGGCAUUUUAACCGCCCAGAAUGGUCACGCUAAGGGAGCAUCGUAUGCCGCGGACGGCGGCACAACUAUCGGAAGCCCUGCUAGGCGGAGUGAAGUUUCGCCCAUCCAGAGUCACACCAAAAGUCGACGCGGCUGGCAAUCUCCUAAUCAGGAUCAGGCUCCAUCGUUAUCACCGAAACCCGACGAUCAACUUCACUAUCAGCUGCAACAUCAAUCCAACCGCAAUCAAUCGGCGGCUCCAGUAUACGGCAAUGGAACGCUUCCCGCGGGAAUAGGCUACCAAUACAACGCAUCGGUGAACUCAUUUGGGAGUAGCAGCUAUAUUGCGAACGGUUACCUUGCACCACAGCAAGUGGUUUCGCAUUGUACGAUUUCCUCGCCGAAAAGUAUCCUCAAACAUAGCGCUUCGGAAAUCAACAGCAGCGGGAACUAUUCUAAAAGUGUUGACAGUAACUACGGUCACACGAUGUACAGCAUGAAGGAAGAAGGCUAUCGGAAACCCGGUGGUGCUGGGACGGGAGUAAUAAACUCAGCACACAACGGUAGCUACGGAAAUGUGAUGGUGAACACAUUGAACUAUUCUACUGCAACCAGUUCCAGCAAUGAGCUGCUGGAGGACCUGCAACAUAUUGAACAGAACCGUUUGAAAAAAAGUCAACACAUAAAAAUUAGUUCCAGUUCGUCAUCUUCAAUCAAUUCGAACAACAAUAUGAUUAACAACAACAGCAUGAUUGGUAACAAUAAUAACACGUGUGUUAGCAGCAAUGGAUACGAAGUCCAGAGUAAAUACGUGAAACCGUCGGGUUUAACUGGUAAACAUCAGAUUCCCCAGCAGUUCAGUAAUACUGGAACCUAUUACGAGCAACACAACACCAUCAACAAUAAUUCAGUGUACGGCGGAAGCAAAUAUACACCACCGAUAAGUCAUCUGAAGUCCGCAGUCUGCAAUGCACCUUCCGCCAAUAACAUUCCGCAUGGUGCCAAAAGUAAUCGCCUUAUUACCGGCCCAAACAACAAUAACAAUAACAACAAUUUUGAAAUGUGUCCCGCAAAUGCAAACGUCGGCAGCAGUUCCAACCAUGCCCAAACAUUAUCGAGCUUCACCAGCAAAUUUCACAAACUGGCUGGCAAUAGAAAUUCGCUCGACCAAACCACGGCCGCCACUUCGACUGCCACCAACAGCACUGGGAAACUGAAUCACGUAAAUAACAACAACAGCACCAAUGCGAACACUGCACCAUCUGGUUCCGGAAUCGUUUACCAUCUACACAAAGAACCACGGCAGCAGCAAAGUUCUCAGAACCAAACACAACCUCACCACUCGCAAAACCCAACUGGAGCUGGCACCGUUACCGGUCAUCAUCCGCAUCACGCCCAUCCACCCCAUCCGGGUGGCCAUCAUAAUACGCUGUCCUCGCCGGAAAGUGCUUACUCUACUGGGUACUCAACUGAUGGCACAUCGCCCGGUGGCUGCUCUUACACACCGGAGUAUUACAUCAACAUCCGAACUGGCACCCACUACUUUCCGAAAGGACUCACGGCAUGCAGCGGUGGAGCAGGAGUCGGCGCUGGAGGAGCAGCAGGAGGCGGCUUCGACAAUGGAAACAAAUUCAAGUGCGGUCUCAACCGGAUUGAAGAGAAACAUGUCGAGUUUGCGGUUGAGGAUUUGCCAUCUCCAAGAAAGUGCUCCAGUGAAUCGUACGAUCUGGUGAAAGGUAGUGGACCGGUUGUGAAUGGAAACAGCUCUACCGGUAUGGCAAUCCUUAAGAACGAUUUCAGCGCCAGCUGCAAUAAUAAUGCCGCCAACAACAGCAACAACAAUGGCUUCUUAUCACAACAGCAGCAUCAGACUGUGCCAAAUGCAGUUGCAAUGAGCCCCAUAAUGCAGAAAAAUCUCGGGAUGCAGCACUAUCGCAGUAUAGAAUCUCCCUCGCCAAGACAACGUUGCCGGAUUAGAACCAAUCCGUGGCUUACAACUCUGGACGGAUCGUUGGCCAGCACCAGUCUCAAGAGGACGGACCAAGACUCGGGUUCGACGACAUCCUCGGGUAUCAAGUCGAGCAGUGGCACCGAUGAUAACAAGAAGGAUUGCAAGAAAUCAAACGCUCUCUCCGAUUCGGAAUCCAGUUCCUCAACCGAGAAGGUUAUCAGCAAGAAGAUAGUUACCCCGAAGGGUAUCCGAAAGGGUGCGGAUGUGUCCAGGUUGGAUAGCAAGGCAACAACCUACUGCUCGAACCUGGACAGCGAUGAGGAUGCGACCCUGAACGAAAUGAUGGGUAAAUUUGACGAGAGCUAUCAUUAUGAGAAAGAGACUGAUAUCUUGAGCUGUAGCGAUUCCGAUCCAACGGACUGUCCGUCAGAUAUCGACACCGGGCAGGACGCGGGUGACGAGUGUGACACGGAUGACCUGCUGGAUCUGGACUUUAUUGACACCGGGUCGAUGCAGGAAGUCACCGACAGGGAAAACUACAAACACACUGGCAGCUGUUCCUAUCAUAACUUCCCGGAGAGAUGCUCCUCGAAGCACCGAAGCCGCAGCAAGCGAAACAGCGAAAAUGGCGGCUCAAAGCGACGAAAGAAACUGGUUCGCACCCGGAAGAAGCAUUUGGAAGGAACGAAUGGUGCCCCCCUGGUAGGAAAUGUGGCUGUUAGUCGAGGUUGCAGGAGCCUUGGUGGCACCCCGGUGUCGCUGAGAAGAAAUCAGUCCGAAGAAAGAUCUUCAAGUCGCAACUCUCCCUUAACGAACCGAUGUAACUCGCUAACCUUCACCGAAGUGCACUCACUUCACAGUCGAAUACUCGCGAUUUCGGAAAGCGAAAAGGCACUUCUAAAGGCAGACCUCGAAGCCGAUGUGAAGUACAAACAGUUGAUACACGAAGCCGAAACCAUUCUGUUUUCGAUGAAAACAAACAGUGUUAAAGAACUGAAGGAAACCAAAGAACCACCGACCACAAUCUGCAGUCCGAGAAGAAUCUGCAAUCCACCAGCGAACAAACGAGUAGAAAUUCUACGCAAUUGCGAAGCAGACCUUAAGCGAGAACUCGCCAAAACCUGCUCGCAGCGAUGUUCGGAAAAUGGAGCCGAACUCAAUCCAACCGAAGGCGUCAUAAUAAACAAACGGCUGGAAGUUCUGCGCUUUGAAACGUCACUCUCGGUUCCGAACAGCCCCCGGAACUCCCGGGUUAUACCACGUAAAACUCACGUUACUAAUUUCAUUAAUCAAAAUCAAUGCUCUGAACUGAUUCGUCGGCAGAAUGAUAAUGAAAAUGACCUGAAAAGUGCCAAAUUGUCUACACAAGCAGUAACCUACGAGCGAAACAUUGUACCUCCAAAGUCGCCAAUUAUCACCAGAAGACGAUUCCGCAGUCAAAGUCCAAAGCUGAACUUCGACUCUGACUCGGAUUCGGACUGCGAAUUAAGCCGGAAUCUGGACAAAAAUCACAACAAAAGCAAAUCCAAUAAAGAAACUAUCUCCUCUGCGAGGAAAAACAUUACAGGGAAACAGUUGAACACCUUCAGGCAUACGAUUCACUCUGCCGGAUUGGUUGGCGAUGGUGAUUCCUUCGCGAACGAGCUUCCAAUUCCUGCUGACAAAACGAUAGUGUACUCCAGUUCACUGAACGAGGGAGAUAUGAAACGGGGCAUACAAAAGUCGCCACUGAUGUCCUUCCGAUCGGUUGACAUCGGAAACACACUCACCUACGAUAGCUACUGUCCCCAGAGUGAACCGCUAAAGAGAAAAAUCUACACCGGCAGUUCAACGUUCGAGAAGAUUCAGCGCAGUCUCGAUGCCGAUCCGGAGCUAUCGAAAAAAGCUUUGCUGUACAAAAUAUCGCUACUGCGUCGUGAGCGUCAGGCAAAAUCACAUCAGGAAAACGCUGCUAACGCUUUACAUCCAAAACACGAACCAGUUGGUAACGGUGCGCAAGCGACAGAGGUAACGGUGGCUAACGGUGGUGAUAAAGCUCUCGAUGCGGAAACCAAACAGCAACUAAUAAUGAGCACCCUCGCGGACAUCAAACGAAGCCUCGAGGAUCAAAGCGUUGAACUGAACGAACUCAACGAUUCCGAUCAUUGAGCAGGACCUGCGUGUAAUCGCUAAGCACACGCCGCAGUAAUUAUUCAACUAUAAUCUAACACGGACAAACAGCAGUUUGGAAUGAAAUCAGUAUGUGAUUGUUAUCGAUUAAGUUUUUAUGUAUGGAUAUCUAUGUAUAAUGUACCGACGUCUAGUCCUUAAGUUCGGAGGUGUUCUUUACCGUUUACCCUACCUAGGUUCAAAUAUUGCCGACAGCGCCUGAUAUGAUCGACGCUUCAGCGUUUUAGAACAAUUAUUUAUUCGAUAGGAAUCUCUUCUAGAAAACACAAUGAAUUUACACUAUCACGUAAGUAUGGCGACAUAUUGUUUAAGAUUUAUCUGCGGAAAAUAUCCGGGUACUAAUUUUUGAUAAGCUAGAGAAUCACACGUGCAAUUGGAUGCUCUUCGGUUCGGAUUAAGGUCGACUUUACUACGAUACUUUGAUAAAACAUACCAUUCUAACCGUAGUGGAACCUAUUCUAAUACGUACUUAGUAUAAACGUUAAAAUAUGUUAUUCAGACAAACCAAUUACUCUAGAUGACACUGAUUUCUCGGAUCGAUUACCGGGUGUUAACAGGAGGAAGACUAACUGUUCCGAUAACUUUCUCUGGAAGUUUAUUUACCAAUUUCGUAGUAUUCUCAUCCAUCCAUUAGAUUGUAGUGAUAGAAACAAAACCAAAAUCUAGUCUGUUUUUCCACAGUAGUAACUUUGAAGAAAAACUUUUCCGGUCAACUAAGAACGCAAUUAAUUCUACUCGAAUACUAAGUACUUACUACACGUGGCGCAUAUUACCAUUAGUAUAGUUUGUAGUGGUUUACGUUACUAUACCCAGUCAGCCAGCCAAAACAGGGCAGCGUUUAGUGUACACAUCCUGAAAGUUCAGUAGCGGUUAGAUAGUGACGCGACACGCGUAUCCCUCUUGCUCCUUUCGGUGGGAGCAGAGGGAUGUGCAGUCGCAGUUCCGUGGUUGAUCAGUUACAAUAUUAAAGCCAAGUUGCUUUCGAUUAAUAGUUUGCUGAUACAGUAGAUGCGGUCUUUGUGCUAUAAUGGUUCCACUGGCAGAUUCAUGGGAAUCUGUUAGCACAAGACCAUCGCAUGUUUUUGGUUUUUAGUCAUAGAAAACUUUGUAUUUCUGUCUCAUAAAUUUUCAGUUAUAUUUAGCGUAGAAGCAAUUAUUUCAAAUUAUUUCGAUCCUGUGUUCAUUACUUGCAUGAUAUAACUUGUAUAAUAAACAUUUAGUAAACUCCUUCAUUGACGAUAGUAAUGUAACUUCUUUCUAUCACAGUGGAUAUUGAAAUAUUUCUAAAUAUAGGUACACUGACUACUGCUAAAAACAAUUCGAAGUGGUAUAAACGAAUUUUUUUACUACAUGAAAUAUUUUGUGUAAGUAAAAUAACAUCCAACCAAAACCACCGAACCAAAUGGGGGGGACCUUUUCUGUUGAUUUUACAAAAAUAAGCGGAAAAACAAGUUUCGCGCCGGAAAAUGUAAUCUAAAAUGAGCGAAAUAUGACGUGUUUCCAAUAACUCACUAGCCGUUCAUUUUUCUUAACCCUAUACACUCAGAUUCAUAGCAUAUUAUUACUAACAUACUAUUCAUAUUAAACACCAAAACAUGUUCGAAAAAACUGACCUUCAUAUUUCCCAACACACAUUCUUUUCCUUCAUUUGGCCUUGUAAUUACUGCGAAGUUCUUUGUAGACUUUCUUUCCGACGCAGUUGAAAGUUUUUUCCCCAAAACAUUUAACACUUUUUUGUUUGUUCCAUUUUCGAUCAUCCCACCUAAGCCAUUAUCAUGCAUGACCAACUCGAUUGAGCUUCCCGUACUGCACGCAAUGUGUCUUCUUGUAUGGCCUUACUAUUAAUCGAAAACAUACUGUUCUUCUUUAGCAAAUUAUAUGCCAAAAAUAAACCAUAGAUUACCGUAGCAAUCACUCCUUAUUACUCUUAUUACUACGCAAAAACCUUUAUCGGCAAAUUAGAUCGCUAGAGUAGAGAGAAAUUCAACA